AUGUUCGGAAAACGCCUAGAGCCCACUCCGGAGGAGAUUUUUGAGCAACGCCGACCUUCCAACGCGGAGGUCGAGACACACCGAAAGUCGGUCUCAAAUCGAGGUCUGACCGGUGCCUCAGCCUUGACUGUCAGGCAGUCUAUCUUCCCAAUCACACUUGUCACGAUCCUUUUCUUUCUGUGGGGAUUUGCAUAUGGCCUGUUAGACGUGCUAAAUGCCAAGUUUCAAACGGCUCUGGAUAUUACAGCUGCCAAAGCUGGCGGUCUCCAAGGCGCUUACUUCGGUGCUUAUUUUAUUGGGCCUUUGACUUAUUCCGGAUGGAUCGUUAGAAAGUUCGGCUACAGAUGGACCUUCAUCACCGGUCUCUGCAUUUACGGUGUUGGCGCCCUGAUGUUCUGGCCGUCUGCUGUAUACCGGUCAUUUGGCGGCUUCUGCGGCUCCCUCUUUAUCGUCGGCUCUGGACUCUCGACCCUUGAGACUUCAGCAAACCCUUUCAUUGCGACCUGUGGACCCCCUCGUCUCUCGGAGUUCCGUCUCGAGCUCUCGCAGUCGUUCCAGGCUAUUGGGUCUGUCAUGGCUCCCCUGCUGGCCUCGCGCGUCUUCUUCUCAGAAACAAACCCAGACGACAUCUCCAAGGUGCAGUGGACCUACCUCGGUAUCGCCGCCUUCGUCUUCCUGCUCGCCGUCGUAUUCUUCUUCUCGCCCAUACCUGAAGUUACGGAUGCGGACAUGGAGCUUCAAGCCGAACAGUCUGCUGGACUUACAGGAUAUGAGGACAAGCCGAUGACCAAGCAAUAUAAGCUCUUCUUCGGUGUAGCCGCUCAAUUCUGUUAUGUUGGCGCACAGGUCGGGGUAGCGGCCAACUUCAUAAACUACGCCCGGGAGUCGGCUAAUAUAACUGCUGCGCAAGCCAGUGACCGAUAUGCCAUCGGGCAGGGCCUCUUUGCUAUCGGACGAUUUGCUGCCGCCGGGCUGAUGAUGAUCGUCAAGCCACGCCUGGUCCUGAUGGUCUUUAUGUCCGCGAUCAUGCUGUUCAUUGCCCUGGCGAUCGGUAUAUACGGCGAAGCAGGUGUGGCAAUGCUCAGCCUGGUGCUGUUCUUCGAAUCUUGCGUCUUCCCAACCAUCUUCACGCUGUCGAUCCGCGGCCUCGGGCGACAUACCAAGCGAGGCAGCUCCUGGAUCGUCGCGGCUGUCUCGGGAGGUGCCCUGUUCCCAUCUCUGACUGGCUUGCUGGCUGAUCACAAGGGAUAUCACAUCGGCAUGGCUGUGCCUUUAAUCGGCUUCUUCGUCUCGUUUGUUUACCCUAUCUUCCUAAACACUUAUUACAAGCAAGAGCUCGACGGGUUCCGUGAGUCAAAGAUUGGGUAUGUGGACGAGCACGGGACGAUUGGGGACGCGGCUCGUGACGCGCGCAAAGCCAAUCUCGGUAUCCAAGAUGCUGGGGAGACCAAGGUGGCCUUCAGAACGGAGCAUCUGGAGGCAUAA